AUGGCGCGACGGUACGAGAUCGAGGAGCUCAUCUUCCUGCGCUCAUCGCCUCUCGUCGCAAAGCCUCCUGGCCUUCCCCCAAUUGAAGAAUGGAUGCCUCAACCCGAACCUACCACCCAACGCAAGCAACAGACAACCCGCGACCCAAAUAACCCAUCCGACACGCCUACAAAUAGAAGACCAAGCUUUUUUGAAGCUCGGCAUAUCUCUCGGGGCUCCAAUUCAGAAGAAAUCGUGCUUGGUCCUCCUAAGACCGCCUUUGCUUCAUCUCGUAUCGGGGGUAAAGGCUCUUUUGACCUGACGGAGCGAGGAAACCGCACAAACGAAACGGACGAGAGAAAUGACCGCUUCAACUUUCGAGAUCGAGCCUUCAAAGACCGAGACCCACAAGAGAGAGAGUUUGGCCGACAGGGAGGCUUGACUCCCCGACGCGGGGACAAGGAGGACUGGAAUGCUGGACGCCCCCGCCGAACCUUUGGCCCCGACGAGCAAGAGCGCAAGCCCCGGCGCAACGGAGAGUUUGAUCGAUGGGAGAACCGCGAUAACCCUCGAGAACACAACACUGAACGUGGAACCCGUGAGAGAGAUGGCCGGUUCUCUGCGCGAAAGGAUGGUCAGCCUGGACGAUCCAAGUAUGAUGGAAGCUGGUUCCGUGACGAAAAUUCCCAUGAUGCCCUUGAAGCCGAUGACGAUAAGCCACCACUCCGCACGCGCGAGUGGCGCCGUGACCGUCAUGGUGCAGAUCGCGACUGGACUCGCGGCGCAAAACUCGAACAAGAGCCAGAGUGGCUCGAUACGAAUGGCAGGGAAGAGCCGCGACGAGCACAUACACAGGAGGACUUCGAGCGUUGGAAGGAGCGAAUGAAGGCUGGCUCUAGCGCUGCCCAGCAGGCCGCAUCGCAAGAGGAAAAGGUUUCCCAUUCAAAUCCUCCCCAGGAGAAACCCGAGACGCGCCGAACAGAUGGUGAAAUCUUCAGCUCCGGUGUCCCAUUCAUGGGAGACACAUCUAUGGAACGAUUCUUCGGCAUGUUGGGAGAACCGAAACCGACACCUCCAGAUGUCGGAUCACCCAUCGCCGCCGAACCGACUCCGAAGAAAGACAGUGGCGCUGGUGGGAAGUCCGGAAAGUCGUCUCGGUUUGCUGGUCUGUUUAGCCCUCCUCCCGACAGUCCUUUCAAGGCCCCCGAAUCGCCAGCCCAGCCGAAAUCCUCAGCUGGAAGUACUCCAGCAAACGCAAACUCUCAAGAUGCCGACCAAGAGGGUUUCCAACGAAUCCUGCAGAUGCUUGGUGGCGGUGGUGGUGGUGGUGGUGGUGGUGGUGGUGGUGGUGGUGGUGCUGCUGCUGCGGCUGGAGCUGGAAACGGGCGUUCGCAGAGUGGCACGCCUCACCAGGCUGAGCACCAUCUGCAAUCUCGUCCGUCGUCGAUGGCGCAUGCGGAGCACGCUCGGGCUGCUGCAAGCAUGUCGUCCCCUGUACGAGACCCUAUGGGCCGGCCAGCAGACUUUGCGAGCCCUGCUCAGGAGAAUCCUCUUGCCCAGAUGGCAGGCAAAGAGCCUCAUCCCGGUGAACGCGAGCAUCUUCUUCGAUUGAUGCAGCAGGUCCAAAUUGGCCCGCAUUCCGCUGGCGCUGCUCAGCGGUCUCCCAAUGCAGGCCCGGCUCCCCCUCCAGGCUUGAUGCCGGAAAUGAUGCCUCGGCUCCCUCCGGGCUUGGGUGGCCCUAAGACUCCCAACUUCUUUGAUGAUCCUGCUAUUGCCAAUAUGCAACGACCCGACAGCGAUCAACUUCGUCGACGACCUGGCAAUGGCCCGCCUCUGGGUUAUCUCGAUGAUAUGCCUUUCCCUCAUGGUGGCCAGGGCCCGCUGACUCCGGGUGGCUCGCACCCUCAGCGCCUCAACCAGCCGCCUAUGCCUCUUCAGCGUCCUCCAGGCUUGGAGCAUCUGCCUCCACCGGGAUGGACCGGCCAGCCUCCCCCCACAGCAAGGCAAUGGGCCGAGCCCCAUGGGACCGCCCCCUGGAAUUCCCACACCCAACCCUUUCCCCGUGGGCCCCCUCCCGGUAUGAUGCCUCCUCCAGGAUACAUGGGCGGUCCUCCCCCUCCCGGAUUCCCUAUGCCUCCUAACCCAGAGGCCAUGAUGGGGCUCGGCCCUGGAGGCCAGGGUCCAUUCGGACCUGGUAACCCUGGCCCUGGCGGUCCUCCCCCGUCUUCUCGACACCUGCUGGAGAUGUUCGGACAGUCCAGUGGCGGCGAAGGCCGCGGCGGCAUGAUUGGACCAGGCCAGUUCAGAUAA